UAUUUGCGUAUUUUAGAGGAAUGCAGCGUGGUAAGGUGGUGGGCUCGCGCGGUUCCGUUCACACUUUUCCCCCGGUGGCAUGGCUUACUCGCCUGGUGUUGCGCUGGUCUUGGUAAUAAUUUCAUGUCUUUAUGUACAUGGUGUUCCUUUCGGAUCCAAGAAUGGCGACGCUGACAACUCUUCCCCGAGAAUACUGGAAUAUGUCCGAGAUCAUCUCCUCGAUGGAGGCCUGAAGAGGUUAGCGAGAUCAGUAACCUCGACCCCACCCUAUAUUACCGAGAAGGACUCCAACUCGACAUUGGAUACGAAUACCGAUGUUAAUGAGACCAAGGAGAAAACAGCGCCAUUCAACGCUUGUAUACAAGACGGCGUACUGGGUUUCCACUGCCACAAUAGCAGCGUCUGUCUCCGGCUGGAAAGAGUCUGCGACAGCAAUCCGGACUGCGCAGGUGCGGAAGACGAGUUGCCGGAAUGGUGCCCGUGUGUUGAUGGCAUGUUCUGCAACAUCACCGACCAGUGCGUACCGAGCGAGUACGUGUGCGACGGCGAUCCGAGUGACUGCGACGGUCAGGAUGAGCAGAAUUGUGCAGAGGUCCGUUAUAAUUACUGCGCUGCUGACGAGUACCGUUGCCCUAACGGUCUCUGUAUAGCGGACUACUGGCAAUGCGAUGGGCGUAACGAUUGUCCUGGUGGUCAAGAUGAGAUGAAUUGCGCCAUACACACGUGCAGCCAGGGCCAAUUCAGAUGUGACUCGGGUGCAUGUAUUAAACAAUCCUGGUUGUGUGACGGGCACAGCGACUGCUUAGACGGAUCGGACGAGGGGACUCCGCCAUGCGAGCAGAAUUGCAGAUCGACGGAAUACACGUGUGCGGACAAGUCGUGCAUUGCUAUGAGUGCAGUGUGCGACGGGCGGUACGACUGCAGUACGGGAGACGACGAGGGUGCGCAGUGCGGAUGCAGCUCGCAGGAGUUUGAGUGCGCACCUGGAUCGUGCAUACCAAAGUCACAGCUAUGUGACGGCCGAAGAAAUUGUAUCGAUGGCAAGGACGAGCUCAACUGCAUUACACCGACAUGUCAGCGAGACGAAUACAAAUGUACCGGACCAGUUCAUAAGUGCAUCCCAUUAACUUAUGUGUGUGAUGGAGAGUUCACGGACUGUGCGAACGGUGAAGAUGAGCAAGAUUGUGGAUGUGGGAAUGGGGAGACGGAAUGUUCGGACGGCACCACGUGCAUCCAAGAAAACGAGGUUUGCAACGGCGUGGAUGAUUGCCCAUCGGGGGAUGACGAGAGGAACUGUGGGUGUCAACUCAGAGAGUAUGAAUGCCUGGAUGGGUCGUGUAUCCAGACGUCUGCCGUGUGCAACGGCAUUGAGGACUGUACGGACGCUAGCGAUGAGGCGGAUUGUCCGUGUCGAGGGAACGAGUUUACUUGCCCAGGGGAUGGUUCGUGUAUUCCUGCCUCGGCCCUCUGUGAUGGAAGGUCCGACUGCACCGAUGGAUCGGACGAGCGAGACUGCGGCACCGCACCACCUGUUUGCAAUCCACCUGUCAAUUUUCAGUGCCGGGAUGAGGAAUGCAUCGCGAGUGAGAAAGUUUGUGACGGGAGAAACGAUUGCAGUCAAGGCGAGGACGAGGUCGAUUGCCCAGGAUGCCCUGUCACACAGUACCAGUGCGAGUCCGGAGAAUGCAUCAGCAAAUCUAAACUCUGUGACUUCACCAUUGACUGUUUCCCUGGGAAGGAGGAUGAAAACGCAGACAGAUGUGGACCGAGUUUGUGCAACUCUGGACUGGGUUUUAUUUGCAACAGUGGGAAGUGCAUUGCGUCAUCCAAGGUCUGUGACGACAUGAACGAUUGCGUAGACGGAGAGGACGAAGUGGACUGUGUCACACCUCCACCUACAGUGAAUUUCGGGCCCGAAAUCGAAUUUUUGAAGAAUGACGUGCAACAGCUUCAAGAGCAAAUCACGUAUGUCGAUGAGAAAGUCGAUGCAAUUGGGCAAAACAUCGACACCUUUCAAAACGAACUCAACAACUUCGGAGACGAGCUGAACUCGCUGACGAACGAAGUCGGCCAAUUGAGAGACGAGUUGCCCAACUCGGGGGAAACCGAAGCAGUGCCGACCAGACAACCCCCUGAUGUGAGACCCGGUGGAGAUGAUGGAGGGCGCCCCGGUACCAGACCUGGCGAGAGACCGUCGGAUGGGGGCGGGAGACCGUCGGGAGGUACCGAUGACUCGUCACGCCCUGGGGAUAGACCAUCAGAUGGUACUAGUAGACCGGGGGAAAGACCUGGGGGCAGACCUUCCGGGGGUGCAGGUGAGCCCUCACGACCCGGGUAG